AGACUGGCAUUGUAGAUUGGAUCACAGCAGGGCAUUGGCAGUACCUUAUUUGGUAUAUCACUUUCUCUCUUUCUAUUGCAGGCAGUAUGAUUAUUUGCUUUGAUGGAUUUUAUCUUCGCAGGUCGAAAACAUAUUCUAUUGAUAAAUGCGUUGGCCUGAUUUGCAUCCUUCCUAUCCUUAUAUCUGUUAUUGCAGCCAUUACACCUAAUUCAUUUGAACCUUGGACACAAAAUUAUGUUCAAUUCAAGAGAUCUACAGGUUUUGUAACAUCUUGCUCAAUGUUUGAUUCAACUCAAGACUCGACUUAUUCUUUGCUCUAUCAAAGAUGCCUGUUAAAUGAUUUUGUAUUGAUGUGUGCCAUCCUACUUUGCUUUAUCUGGACAAUACUAACUAGUAUUGCUAUCAGGGCUUCUUUACAGGAGAAAAAAGAGCGGGUCAGAAAGAAUCAAACUCUACCUGCAUUUUUAUCACAAGAACCUAAUUGGGGUCGAUAUAUUCCUGAUCCGCCUUCCUCUAUUUAUUCUGCUAGUACCAUCGGCUAUUCUGGUCUCCUUAUACCUUCAACUACAUUGACAGAAAAAAAACACAAAGAGUUUUUUUGUAGUGCAAGUUUACCACUUACUACCAAGAUACCUUUGACAUUUGACUAUCGGCUUUCAUUUUCAGAUGAUUAUUUUAAGAAAGAAGGAGACGAAAAGAAAUCAUUGUUUGAUGACAAAUUGUUCAAUUAUAAAAACGGAGAAGACACUUUUGAUAAGAUGACAGAAAAGCAAGAGGAGAUGAACGAACAGACUCCUUUUCACCUUUAUCCAUAUCUUGAUCACACUUCUCCUGAGUCAGUGUUAUUUGGAGAGAGGAGCCCUUCAACACCGCUCUAUAGCAAGUUUGCUGGACAACAUGUUCAAUAUUAAUGUAGUAAUAAAAUUACUUUCUUUAUUAAUCUUGACAAACACACUGAUGAUUAUAGCAGCCAUCUGAAGUCUUGCCUAAAGAUCGACAAACCGAAAUGCAUCCUUCGUGAUUGCUUUUUCUGCAACUUCCUCUACCUUCACUGGUACAAUAGCAAGUAUCAUUAACGCACAUUGGCUGCAUAAAUUCAUAUCUGCAGUCAUACGAGCAACGUCUUUCAUCACUUAUUGAUUCACAUAGUCCUUCUUGGAUAACCAUUGUUGUUUCGAUGGCAGACACAGAUACACUUGCAAGCAACAAUAGAAUGAAU